UUUGUAACCGGGUUUGUAAACAAGGAUAUUUUUUGCUUUUUAUGAAGAAUGUUCCAGCAAGAAAAUACUUCCAGAUGGAAAAGAAGUGAUGUCACCUCUUGUGAUUGCAACGAAAAGAGUUAUAGGCACGUCCACUGCCCUUGUACGAGUUGUAAUGGCCGUGCAACGGAUAGAGGUACUGAAAUGCGGCAUUGGAAAGAGGCAAAUUUAUUGGAUCUGGAUUCAUCUGAUAGCAAUAACCCUUGUUGUGAUUCGAUGGAAAGUGAUGAAACUGCGAGUGAUUAUAUGGAAGUUGACAGUCAGGAUCUAGUAGAAGAGUUGGCUUUUCAGGAACAAACAACUGCUUGUGAAAGGUGCAUUGGUUUCGUGAUAAGACACUAUGUUAAAAGAUGCUAUCUCACUGGAUGGAACAGGAGCACUGGCUAGGAAGAGAUGAAAGUUGGCCACUUAAAAAGGAAAUGUGGGAUGGCGAGAGAUGGCGGGAGCUGCAGUGGUUUUGGGACCCAAAUGAAACUUGGGUAAUUCCAUGCUGCUGCAAAUGCUGUGGUAUACCAAUAUCAGUAGAUCAUUUAAUCAAAUCAGAGGAUGGGCCAGUGGAGGGAAUAAAAGUUGUAGAAUGCCCAGAAUACUUGGAAACGUUUGAACAUUCUUUAAAAACUACAACUAGUUCUCCAUUCAAUAUUGCUUUGAUUGGACAUUGGGAUGGAUGGCAAGCAUUCAGUGGUUCAAGUUCAAGAAAUUGUGGCUCAAUGGAAGUAACAAUUGCUAACUUAACAAAAAAAGACAGAAACCAUACUGAUGAGGUAUAUGUUCUGGGAUUUGUGCCACUGACAUAUGUUCCAAAGUUACCUGAAACAUAUGAUCCUUUCCUUGAGCCAUUGAUGAAGGAUAUUUGCAAAGGUUUUAUUGAUGGCUUUAAGAUUGAUACUGGUUCACUCUAUGAUAUUGAAAUGCAAGAAGAUUUACAAUGUGUCCGUGUUUUAUUGCUUUGCUGGUCAGGAGACCACCCAGGACAAUGUGAGAUAGGCAAGCUAUUAAAUCAAGGCAAAUGUCCUUGUCGGAGGUGUCAAUUGAUUGGUCAACAUCUAUCACAAAAUGAAUCCAAUAAUCACAUGUAUUAUGGUGACAAUCGUUCACACUAUAGACAUCAGUGGGAGCCACGAAAGAUUUCUGAGAUGUUAACUGAUCUUUAUGAUGUCGAAGCUGAGACAAGGCAAAGUGUAAGAAAGCGAAUGUCAUCAUAUAAAGGUGUAACUGUAUUUGUAUCCACUUUAUGGUUUUGACAUACUCCAAGAUUUAACAUUUGAUGUAUUCCAUACUGUUUGUCUGAAUGUUGUGAAAAGCCAAACAGAAAGACUGUUAGAUUUAAAUCUAAUAGAUAAAGCACAUCUAAAUAAUGAAAUAAAGAAUUUCCCAUGGCCAAAAGAGUUAAAGAGAGGACGGCUUCCCGGGCAAGUUAAAAAUUACAAUGGAUCUUUGGGACAGUGGAAAGGAGAAGGACUUCAAAAGUUCUCUUUUCCAAUGGCAGAUUGUGUACUUGACAACAGUAUUGAAGAUCCUAAAGAGCAAGAAAUCCAACAUUUAGUGUCAAGGCUGACAGAGGCACUUCAAUACUGGACGAUAUGGCUGGACCGACACUAUGAUUGAUGAGCACAGAAAGUUGUCAUGGCACUUAAAUAUUUUGGUAGAAGAAAUCCAAGGACUUCAAAUGUGUACAAUAUCAAUGCACAACCUUCUCCAUAUCCAUGAAGACAUCAUAAGAUUUUCUGGCACUGAUAAUUAUUGGUGUGCUGUCUUCGAAAGAGCUGUCAAAGGCUAUAUAAAAAGAUCUAGCAAUUGUAAAGGGAUUGAGAAAACAUUUGCUUUUGCUGAGUCAAGAAGGGAAUUCCUUAAGCCUUAUACAGAAAAGAAAGAUGAGGUUGGGAAGAUUGACAAUAAAUUGGGCAUUGCCAGUUCUGUUGAUACUACUAAAGUGGCUAUUGACAUGAAAAUCACUCCAAGUACAUCCCUUCUUCUUGGUGCAAUAGGCAACAUUUCAUUUCUGGAAGAGGCUGAUAGAAGAAAAUUGGCAAAUAUUCUAUCAGUACCUUUACAUAAUGUAAGUGAAGUUGCUUAUAUAUCAAAAAAAUGCUUAAUGGCAGACAGGAGCUUUGAUGGUACUGUUUUCAAAUCAGGAGAGACAGCAGUGAUAACCAUUAAUCAGCUAGAGGUUGUAGUUAAACUGGACAUAUUUUUGUCAUUGAGAGUCAAAGGUGAUGAGUCAUAUCAACUGCUAGUUAAAGGACACAUCCAUCCUUACUGUACAGUUAAUGAAGAACAGGCAAAGCAUUUUUGGACUGGAUUUGUAAGUGUCAAGAACACACCUUUUGGAGAAGCAGCCUUUUGUAAUGUCAGUGCUAUCCAGAGAAAAGUUAUCCUCUAUGAAUGUGACAAAGAACGAUAUACUGUUGUAGACUAUGAGAGGCAAAAGCAACAGCUUCCUUUUGAGGUGGUUGUCCCUGUUUACCCAGAAAAAGGGGACAUGUUACUCAUUCAAGGAGAAGAUGCGGACGACAUCUGGUAUGGCCAUGCUUGCAACAUUGAUUACAAAAAAAAACUGUGGAUGUGUGUGUUUUUCUUUGUGGAACAUUCAAGAAAGAGAAACAUCUAUAUCAGAGAAACAUAUGGAAAUCGUGCACGGAAUGUAGUUCCAUGGACCUCCUUGAUUGGAGUUGCUAAUGGCACAUGGAAAAGCUCUUCAUUUGUACAGUGGCAAAAAGCUUUUGGAUUUUGGUUAAGAAACCAGUGCUGAAUCUACAGAAAGACCUGAGACCUAUAUCCCUUACACCAAAUGUGUCCAAGAAUGCUGAAGAAUUUGUGGUGGAAGAUUAUGUAAAGCCAGCGAUUCUGAAGGUGACUGAUGAUAGUCAAAAUGGUGCAAUUCCUAAUUCAUCUACAACUAUGGCAUUAAUCAUUGUGCUUCAUCAGUUGGUUACCGAUGAGAACAAUGGAACUGUUAGAACACUGUCAUUUGACUAUCGCAAGUCUUUUGACCUUGUCGAUCACAGUAUUUUAGUAAACUAGUUACGUAAGUUAAAUUUGCCACCUAGUAUAGUUAACUGGUUAAUUGAUUUCUUAUCUAAUCGUUUACAAAAUAAAAUUAGCUGGUUUCUCGGAGUGGGGUCAGUCCCCUCCGGUAUACCACAGGGUACGAAAUUGGGACCAUGGCUAUUUAUUUUGAUGAUUAGCGACCUUAAAAUCAGCUCACCAUACUUAUGGAAGUUUGUAGAUGAUACAGGCCCGUAGCUAGGAUUUUUGUUGGGGGGGUGCUAAUUUACAAAAAGUGGACCAACCAUAUACUUUAUUUUUUUAAAGUC